CCUCCCUGGGCCGGGUCUGACUCGGAGUUUUCAAAUUACCCUCAGUAGGGCAAGUUUCCCGCCGCCGCCGCCACCCCCACCCCCUUCAUCAUCUGAGCCUCCGCCACUCCCAUCUAAGGAUACGUUGUUGUUUCUGGGGCCUGAGAAUGUUGAGUCCCGUCUCCUCUCAAGAGGGCAGGUGGUAGCACCGUGUCUCUAGACCCAUGUGUUUGAUUGUAAGCCAAAGUUGAGGUUUUUCUUCCCUCUGUAAGCUAACCGAAGAAGAGUAUAAGCGUCAUUGUCCACGUCCUCCUUUACGGGCUAAAUAGUUUUGCACCAGAGCAAACUAAACGGGGUUGUACAGAAGUCUGCAGGUGGGCUGUAGCAGAAGAGAUGAGGUAACUACUUUGGGGAUUCAGACUAGGAAGGAAAUGAUCACCGAACUUGAAUUUUGCCGUGGAAGCCGUGGGGCAAGAUUCUGGAAAAGUUCUCCCUUUCUUCAAAUAAGACAAUAAAGUUCCUUUAGGAGGAAGUGCUGCUUGUAGAGGCACUGUGAAAAACACACUCCCUCCGCCGCCGCCACGCACCCUGGUUUAGUACUGAUGUUAAUUGUUUAGGGUUUUCUUUAUUUUACGCUACAAAUCAUUCAGUUUGCAACAGAAGAAACAGUAAAAUGGGUCAUAGACAAGUAGUUUCAGGUUUUCGUUGUUAGAGAUUCAAACUCUGGGACCGGAACACUUCGUGUUGGCUGACCUUCCAGUUGCAUUAGUGAUGCAAAAUCAAUCACAGGCCUUCAGAUGCCACUGGAAUCAUCACCUUCGAUACCACUAUCCUUCUCUUCUCCUUUACCCUCAGUGCCAGACGAUAUUAUUAACUCCUCCCUUCCUUCCAUGUCUUACAUCACAUCCCGGGAGAUGAAGUGCGUUCUGCACUGGUUUGCAAGUUGGUCAGGUCCCCAGCGUGAACGUUUCCUACAGGACCUGGUAGCUAAGGCAGUGCCAGGAAAAUUACAGCCACUGCUGGAUGGUUUGGAGCAGCUUAAUCUGUCAGGGGCAAAUCGACCGCCUUGUAUCUUUGAGUGCCAGCUCCGUCUUUGGGAUCAGUGGUUUCGAGGUUGGGCCGAGCAGGAGCGCAAUGAAUUUGUAAGGCAGCUGGAGGUCACUGAGCCAGACUUUGUGGCAAAGUUUUACCAAGCUGUGGCCGCUACAGCUGGUAAGGACUGAUAGGCAUUAAAAUCAAAGAAGACAACUACAGCUGGAGUUGAGGCCACAAGUUUACAGAGAGACUUGAUUUUGGAUGUGCCACUCAGAGGUCUGGAGAUGGUAACCUGAUGAGCUGACUGAACUCGCUGACAGCACAGGCGUGGCCAUUUUAACAGUAGCAUAUCAAUGGACUCUUAGCGUAAAUAUUUUCCAUCUAAGCAAAUCCAGAUCAUCAGUUUGCCUCCUAGCUUGCUUCUUUCCAAGAGACAUCAAGCUCCCAAGAAUUUGAUGGCUUCUUUUGCAGCUAUAACCAAAAGGAACCAAAGCAUUGUAACUCAAGUUUGACCUACUGCUGGCUCAUAAGUAUAAAGUAGAGCCCUCCUGGUAUAACCAUGUGACAUCCCAACCACUAGCUUUCCCAGUGAUGAUUUAGUGAAAUAAUGGAAAAUCAGAAGAGGGAGAUAGUCCCUCCUCCAUUGAAUCCAAAUAGCAGUGACUUUCUUUCCAAAGUAUAUGUGGUAUCUUUAGAGACAGUAGCAGGUGUUUCUAUUCUGUAACUUUGCGCACUAUGAAAACAGGUGACACUCUUUACAGGUUGAAGAGUUUAUUUUUUAUACCAAAAUAAAGAACAGAUUUUCAGAA